GUUACAUUGGCUGACGCUGGAGGAUUGAUCUCGGGAAGCCUAUGGGGAGCUUCGACUAAGAGUGCAGGUGCGCUUCAAGCAGCGUUGGAUGCUGCGCCGUCGGGAAAAUGGCCGGCUGUCAAGGUGGAGAAGGUGAUAUUGCGUAUUGUUGGAUACCUGCAUGGAGAGGCACAUAUUCGGAAGCUGGAAGGGAGCGAUGCGACCAAGAUCACUGUGGUAUCUAAAGAGUGUGGUGAUUUGAAGAUCACGCCGCCAGAGAGCAUCGUUGUAGCCGACUUUCAAGACCUCUGGGACUGGAAG